AUGGUCAGGAAUUGUUUCAAGAGCGACAAGGUCGCCGAGAUUUCCUAUGCUACUAUCCAGGGCAAAGACUGUCUCGUUCAAAAAUUUAGGAACAGCUCCGUGAUGUUGGAAGCCGCGCACUAUCGCCCAAAGUUAUUCUACACCUCCAACGGACCAGUUCCUGAUCUGGCGGGAGAGGAGGAACCGUUUCCGCGGCCAGACAACCAGUCCAAGAUGAAGCGAAGCUGCGAAAAUGCUGAGCACGUUGGGCUUUUCACACCCAACGCUGGUCAGCAUUUCCGUGACGAGCAGCGUCGCCGGCGCUCGCAGUACGACCGAGGUACGAGACUGGCCGCGCUCGAGGAGCAUGACUUCGAAGCCUCGAUGCAGUCGUACAUGUACCAUUCACAGUAG